AUGGCAAACGACGGCAAGACAGUCAUACCAACACCCACGUGGGUUCUCGUCGCAAGGAUCUUUCAACUAGUCCUAUCAAUCAUCGUAGUCGGUGGUGCUGGAUGGUUUAUCCAUGGCCUUUACGAGGACAGCCUCGGAUUUGCAAUUGUUUGUAGUCUUUUCACUUGGAUUAUUUUCGUAUACGCCAUCGUAACCGAAAACGUAUCGACUUGCCGCAGAGCAUACAAUACGUGGGCGAUUUUAUCGCUCGAUGGCCUCAUGAUCAUCUUUUGGCUGUCGGCCAUGGGCGCCGUGGCAGCAAAGCGCGCGGAUUUCACCGUACCCGUCAAUGCCGACUGCACCAGCGACGGUAGCGCCGUCAACUCGGGCCACUGUACCAUCUCCCGCAAGCGAGCUGGUGUUGGUGUCGCAUCGUACGCCGCGCUCGACAUUAUGAGUGCUGUCGCCGGGAUUUGCGCCAUCAUUAUGUUACUCUUUGUCGCAACUUUUAGCUAUGUCUGUCACAAGUUUCGACUUUCUUGGUCCUCGAAUGAUUAUGAUGCUGAGAAGCGGGUGGGAGGACCGGGUAACACAAGUGUGGCGUACCAUCACCCGGAAGUCGAGAUGCAGCCCAACAUGCCCACGCAGUACUCGGGAUAUCCGCAACAAGUUGCCGUCGGAACAACACCUCAGUAUAGCCAGAACCAUCCGUAUGACCCUUAUGUUCACUAG